AUGUCAAACUUCGGAUUCUCGGCAAUGCCCCCUGGCUACACUACCCUACGACCAGCUGGCGAAGGAUGUAGUGGCCGAGUCGUUCUGGCAUUGAACGACCUGGUUGUCCACUCCGCGAGAGUCCAAUUCCAAAGAGGCGACGAAGAUGGAGCUAUCGAUGCCGCCGUCUCCAGAGUUGUCGCAGUCAAGAUCUCCAUACUGGUAUCUCACUUCGCUGACGAACGCGGGAUUCUCGAGUCCAUCCGCCGGCAAGCCCACCUCCAUGUCGGCAGUAACAACAUCAUUAGUCUGGUCGAAUCACCCCCAGAACCUGCGCCAGGAUGGAUGGUCCUAUCGACUUUGCCUUUUUGCUGCGACCUGCACUCAGUGGCCAACCCGAACAUAGAAGCACCGCCACUGGGUCUAGUGUGGCUAGUCUUUCAACAAACAUAUCACGCCCUCGACUUCUUGCACAAUACUUGCGUCCCUCCAAUUUCCCACGGAGACCUUCAAUCCGCGAACAUUUUGCUUGGUUUCCGCGACCCAGAGACCGAAACUCUGCCAAAAGUCAUGCUUGUUGACUUUGGUCAGGGCAAGGACAAGCGGAGCGAGGUGGGAGAGAGGGACACAUCGGAUCUGUGCCACAUAGUUGGUGAGCUUGGGACAUCUUGUCUCGAUAAAUGCAACGGCGAAGGUGGCACGAGCUACGAUGCUAUGCGCAACUUCGUAUCCAGAUGGGGCGACAAUGAAUUUGUGGAGCCACUUUUGGCAGACAUCUGGAACAUGUUUGGAAAGACUGUAAAGCAGACGAUUCAGUCACUGACGGCUGCUGAAGAGCAGGAGAUUUGUGACAGAGUACUCGAUCAGAUAUUUGAAGUUGCCAGAGAAGGACAGGGAAGUGGGGAUAUCCGGCAAGACGUGAGGAGGAUUCUGGAGUGA